UCCAUGGUGUAAAGUAAACGUCACAAUCUGUCACCGAGAAAAUUAUUUUAAAUGAACUGUGUACCACUUUGUUUUUAUCACCUAAAAACAAUCCCAACGCUCUCGGCAGUACUUGAAGGCAGCAUCAUCGCUGAAGCUACACCCGGAUGGUUCAGUCGCAACCGUAGCAACAUUAACGUCACACAUCAACGGAGACCGAGAGCUUAUGAUACUCCCUUUGUCAACCUCAGCUGAAUGGCAACCAAUUGCAAGAAAAUGAUCCCAGAGUUAUCCAACCCCUCGGUGUGUAUGAGGGACCCUAAGAGGGUGGAGGAGGUCCUGCAGUCCAUGGUGAAGGCUGGCUCCAACACCGUGCAGGUGAUCUCCGAUUUUGACAUGACUCUGACAAGAUUUGCACACAAUGGCAAAAGGUGCCCCACGUGUCACAAUAUUCUUGACAACAGCAAACUCAUCUCCAAUGACUGUAAAGAACAGCUGAAGGAGCUGCUCAACACAUACUACCCUAUAGAGAUAGACUCUUCACGGUCAAUAGAAGAUAAACUGCCCCUUAUGGUGGAGUGGUGGACUAAAGCUCAUGAAAUACUGGUACAGCAGGAGAUAAAGAAAGACCUGCUGGCCACGGUGGUGGGGGAGUCUGAUGCCAUGCUGAGAGAGGGCUACCAGAUUCUUUUUGACCACCUGCAUGAGCACAGCAUCCCUCUGCUCAUCUUCUCUGCUGGAAUAGGAGACAUCCUAGAAGAGGUUAUUCGCCAGGCUGGAGUCUUCCAUCCCAACGUCAAAGUCUUCUCCAACUACAUGGACUUCGAUGAGUCUGGAGUGUUGAGGGCUUUCAAGGGAGAGCUGAUCCACAUCUACAAUAAAAGGGAAGGCGCGCUGCUCAACACCGGCCAUUUCCAGGAGCUGCGUACGCGGCCCAAUGUGGUACUUCUGGGAGACUCUCUGGGAGAUCUGACCAUGGCUGACGGUGUGCAGGACAUGGAAAACAUCCUCAAGAUUGGGUUCCUCAAUGACAAGGUGGAGGAGAGGAAACAGUCUUACUUGGACUCAUAUGAUAUUGUGUUGGUAAAAGAUGAGACCUUGGAAGUCCCUAAUGCUAUACUGCUCUACCUUACUGGCAAUAAGUGAACUGGUAAUUGAGAAUACCACUGGCCAUUUUGUAUUGAACACUCCGGUCCCGUCAUCUGAGGAGGCCCCUGCUCAGAAAUUGCCAGUUAAAGGCUUUACAGCCAACAAAGAAUGUUUCAUGAUCAUUUUAUUUUACAAUAUUAUUCAUUGGUCCAGUCAGCUGCAGCCCACGUACACCACAUCCCCCUUUUUAUAUCUUUAUCAAUCCGCCCACCUCGUGUUUAUGGGAAAACUGUAUUUGCACCAUACUGUAUGUGAUCGAAGCCAGAUUUGGACCGUCUACCUACUCUGCAGCAUGUGAAAGAGUGAGUGUGUGGCUAUGGGUGUUUUUUGUUUGUUUGUUUUAGGGAAAGGAUAAGCUUGGUUUUGGUCUUCAUAUAGGAUGUAAUGAUGAAGUGAAAGAAAAACGCACAACUUAAAUGGCAGCACUUGACUUGGUAUCCGGUUUUGAAACUGGUUUCCAGCCUUUUACAUAAAGCUCAUUUCCAGCUAAUUUAAACCUGAAACCUGAUGUUUUUAAAAAGGUUGAAUGUUUUCCUACAGUGUCUAGUCUUCCAGUUUUUGGACAUAUUGCCAAGCAUACAACACAGGUUCUAGUUAUUUUUUUUAUUAAAACCAUUGUUUUUCUUGAGUAACACCACAGUGCUACUAAGUGAUGAACUAUGACAAAAACACCUGACUUUAACAGUAAAAUAAAGUUAUUUGUAAGAAACUGUUACCUCAGAAAUGUUGCAGUAUUACAAAGAACUGGAUUUUCUGAAUUGCUGGUAUUUAACAGGUUGUGAAAAACAUUGAUUCAAAAGUAUGUUACUUUACACACCGUAACAAACAACAUUUUUAUAAAACUACAGGUUUAUUUUAUAUUUGUGGACUUUGCCGAUGUAAGGUCAGUCCUGCUUUUUUUUUGUCUCAUUUUGUCCCAACUCAUUACCUCUUCAUAUGUUCCAACUUCUCUCAAAUAAAAUGUGGUUCUACCUGAUAGUGAUCGUCAUGUUUUAUUACGCCUUAGCGCUGGUGACAGCUGUGGCCAGAGGCGGCAUUAUGUUUUCGGGUCGUCCGGCCAUUCCUCCGCCCAUUCUCGUUAACGUGAUGUAUCUCAGUCAACGCCUUGAGGAAUUUUGUCAUAUUUGGCACAAAUAUCCACUUGGACUCACUGACGAUUAGAAUUUUGUGGUCAAAGGUCAAUGUGACCUUUAAGAUAAAAUGAUGAAGCGAUGACAUUUUGGA